AUGGAGACGGCAAAGCUAUGUCGCGCCUCUACAAUUCACACACACAACCUUACCCGACACCCUAUUCACAAACACGAAAGCGAGCUUCCAAGUUCACUAAAUAAACGAACACAAACGCAGCCGCGUACGGACAACGUCUACCCCCUGUCCGUGAGACGUUCGAGAGGGACGGCAAUAUCAACAAUGCAUUACCGCGUUCGAGCGUAA